AAGUUCAAACUCCACUCCACCCUUUUCGUCCCUCUAUUCUCUCCAAAUUUGACACCCAAAUAUCUUAAAAGGGCAAAAAAAAAAAAGGGACCCAAACCGAAAACGUUACUUGGCUAGAAUCCCCAUACACAAAAUGGAAGCUUCAUCGGAAUUCUUUGUCGGCGGAUAUUUUAGCCAUGCCGGAGAUAACGAAUUCGACCAUAAAUCGAUGGAGAAUCAAAACAUCACUGGUAACUCCAACAAUUUUACGGUGGACGACCUUUUGGAUUUUCCCAAGGAAGAUGAGGUAAUGACCGACGCUUUUUUUGACAGCAUUACCGGAAAUUCUGGCGAGUCUUCUUCUCUUACCGUGGUCGACAGCUGUAACUCGUCUGUCUCGGGUGGUGACCGGCAAUUUAACGGCAAUAUUAGCUGCCGCAGCUUCACUGAUACACAAUUCUCCGGCACUGAACUCUGCGUUCCGUAUGACGACCUGGCUGAGCUUGAAUGGCUCUCGAAUUUUGUGGAGGAGUCGUUCUCGAGCGAUGACCUUCAUAACCUUCACCUCAUUUCCCCUACCACAAAUUUUACAGCUCCCUCCGCCUCUUCCGCAGCUACGGCUAACGCCACCACCGACACCUCCUCUUCCGCCACUACCAUUUCUACUAAUAACGACAACAGCAAUUCAUCAUCUCCAGUAUUCCCCUCCGACGUUUCCUUUCCCGGAAAAGCCCGCAGCAAACGCUCCCGUGCCGCCCCAUGCAACUGGGCCUCCCGCCUCGUCCUCCUUGCAUCCCCUGCUACGUCGUCAUCCGAACCCACGAACGACGUGAACACUCCUAACCCAAUUAGCGUUACCAUAAAAGCUCCCAAACCGGCGCCGUCAAGGAAAAGAGAAACAACUGAAACUCCCGGUCGGCAAUGCCUUCAUUGUGGGUCGGAAAAGACGCCUCAGUGGAGGACGGGACCCAUGGGGCCCAAGACUCUGUGUAAUGCGUGCGGUGUCCGGUUCAAGUCGGGUCGAUUGGUGCCCGAGUACCGGCCUGCUGCGAGCCCGACAUUUGUGUCCGCGAAGCAUUCGAAUUCGCACCGGAAAGUGCUGGAACUCCGGCGGCAAAAGGAGCUGCAGAGACAGCAGCAACAGUUGCUCAGUCAAGCCUCAAUUUUUGGCGUAUCCAACGGCGGAGAUGAAUACUUGAUCCACCAUCAUCAUCAUCAUCCUCAUCAGCAAAAUGUGGGUCCCGAUCAUAGGCUCAUGAUCUAGCGAUCGCUGGUGUACUGAAAAUUACGGUGUGCCAGCAGAAAUUUUCAAGUUUAUUACUGGAAAGUAGUAGUACCACCAUUUAGAUUUGAAUUUGACCGAGGAAAAGGCAGCAAAACAAAACUAGUCAUAAUAGAGCCGAACAAAAAAAAAAUGUCAGCUUCCAGCUAAUUAGAAGGACAAAUGGAAGGAGAACAUGGCGAAUUAAUUGUAGACUUGUGUAAUUUCCUGCUAAUUUUGGGUUUUAAUUCAUUUGAUUUUUUUUUACUAAA